GGGAGCAUUUGGAUUUGAUGGUUGAUGGCAACUUCCGGCAGAGUCACCAAAUUGGACAUUUGAAUUUGAGUUAAGGGCAUAUUGGUAGCAUCUGUUCUUUUCUAAUUUCCGCUCUUUUUCUAAUAUAUUACUGAACCCAUAAUCCCAUUUCAAGAAGAAGGAGAAAGAAAUAAGUCGUCAUUCUGCUCAACGAUUCUGUUUUCCUGUCAAACAAUCCAUGAAACUCGACUUGCCGUGGUUUCAAUCUAUCGAAGAUUAUUGCAAUUUCUAGAAAGAGCGCAGUAUUCAUUGUUCAAGAAUGCUACGUUUGAUUCAAAUUUUGUUCUUGAGUCUGGCACAAUAUUCUACUCUUCUGUCAAUACCGUUGGUGUGACUUGUGAGUUUAGUGACAACCAAUAUGGGGACCAUCCACCGAAGUGGGGUUCUUAAAAAAUCAAACGACAGUGCCAGACUUAUUACCAUAACUGUUAUGGGAGCUGUCUUUGGAUUUUUUGUUGGUGUUUCAUUUCCUUCUGAUUUGGUUACGAAGCUAAACUUACAUUCUGGCCUUCUAUCAUCCAUUGACGUGGCCCUUAUUAAUGAGAGAUCUGGUAGAUUUUCUAGGUCUGAUCUUGGUGGAACAAACCAUUCUGAUACUCCUAAGAUAUAUGUUCCAACAAAUCCUCGUGGUGCAGAGUUAUUGCCCCCUGGUAUUGUUGUGCCUGAAACAGAUUUUUAUUUGCGCAGAUUAUGGGGUGAUCCAAAUGAGGAUCUGAAAACUAAGCCAAAGUACUUGGUGACAUUCACAGUUGGUUUUGAUCAGAGGAAUAAUAUUGAUGCAGCAGUUAAAAAGUUUUCUGAGGAUUUCACAAUUUUGCUUUUUCACUAUGAUGGUCGGACAAGUGAAUGGGAUCAAUUUGAGUGGUCAAAGCGUGCAAUUCAUAUUAGUGCAAGGAAGCAAACAAAAUGGUGGUAUGCAAAACGAUUUUUACAUCCAGAUGUAGUAGCAGCUUAUGAUUACAUUUUUAUCUGGGAUGAAGAUCUUGGAGUUGAGCAUUUUAAUGCAGAGAAGUAUAUUAAUCUGGUAAAGAAACAUGGCUUAGAAAUAUCCCAGCCAGGACUAGAGCCAAAUAAUGGACUGACAUGGCAGAUGACUAAAAGGAGAGGUGACAGUGAAGUUCACAUGGAAACAACAGAGAAACCUGGUUGGUGUAGUUACCCGCAUUUGCCCCCAUGUGCAGCUUUUGUGGAGAUUAUGGCCCCUGUUUUUUCACGGAAUGCUUGGCGUUGUGUGUGGCAUAUGAUUCAGAAUGACUUGGUACAUGGGUGGGGAUUGGACUUUGCACUAAGAAGAUGUGUGGAGCCUGCACAUGAGAAGAUUGGUGUGGUUGAUUCUCAAUGGAUUGUUCAUCAAGUCAUACCUUCUUUGGGGAAUCAGGGUCAGUCUCUCAAUGGGAAAGCGCCAUGGGAAGGGGUAAGAGAGAGGUGCAGAAGCGAGUGGGCAGAGUUUCAAGCUCGCCUUGCCAAUGCAGACAAAGCAUACCUCGCGCAAAUGAGGACAGGGUGACUUGGGUUCCUCUAUGAAUGCUCUGUUUUGUUAUCACCUUUUGUGAAUACCAAAUGAAUUUCCUUUACCUUUACCCCGGAGGGGGGGGGUGUAGUAUCAGAUCGGAUGUUGAAUUUUUUAACUGAAAUUUUCUUCCAUGGUAACAGUAACAAGGUAAACGUUCUCUAUUCUUGUUGAGAAUCGAGAUCUACAUUUGUGGAAGGUAAGAAAAUUUCACUGUGUCCAUAAACUAACUUCUAAAGCAUGGUCUAAUUGCCUGUUCUUUUUGUUUA